AUGUCGGCUGAUACGUCGGAUGUGGUAACAUCGAAAGAGCCUGCCAAGCAAGUAAACAUCUCGGAGACGAAAGAUGCAGAUUUGGAAUCAGAAGUGACUAGCCAAGAGCCCGGGACUUGGCGGUAUAAAUCGGACAGAGCGGAGCUUACUGAACUGACACCCGUUGAAGCUUUCACUUGGAAUGUAGAGGGCGAUCAGUCUCCUUUCCCCGAAGUCGCGGCUUGUGUAUCGAACAAAGAUGACCCAAGUAUUUCCUGCAAUACCUUUCGGGCCUGGAUAUUAAUGACGAUCUUUGUCAUCAUCUUUUCUGGAGUUAACCAGUUCUUCGGAUUGCGAUAUCCCUCGCUUUCAAUUGGAUAUGUUGUUGCUCAAAUUUUGGUGUUCCCUAUUGGUAGAGCAUGGGAAAAGCUUCCUAGGUGGAGAGUUCCGUUGGGGAAGCUGUCCUUUGACAUCAACCCAGGAAAGUUCACCAUCAAGGAGCACGCAUUCAUUGUUAUUUGUGUCAAUAUUAGCGCUUCCACAGCCUAUGCUCAAGGCUCUCUGGUCGCCAUCAUCAGUCCGGUAUAUUGGAACCGCGACUUUGGAGCUGGAUUUUCCUUUCUUUACCUUUUGACAACACAGAUGAUCGGCUUCGGAUUGACUGGCCUUGCUCGCAGGUGGAUUGUUUAUCCUGCUGCCCUAGUCUGGCCUACCUCCCUGUCAUCGACCGUUCUAUUCCGUGCGCUACACGAGCCUGAAAGUCGCACAGCGGCCAACGGCUGGACUAUCUCCCGUUAUUCAUUCUUUGCCUACGUCACAGCCUUCGGAUUUGUCGUGUUCUGGUUCCCGGAUUAUAUCUGGACAAGUCUAAGCACGUUUGCAUUCAUCACAUGGAUUUUCCCGAACAACCAAAAAGUGAACACGCUAUUUGGGAUGAACUCCGGCUUGGGCCUGCUGCCCAUCAGCCUUGACUGGACGCAGAUCAAUUAUGCGGGUUACCCGCUCAUGACGCCUUUUUACAUCACCUGCAAUGCAUUUGCAGUUGUCGUGUUGUUCUAUUUCUUCCUGUCCCCGAUUUUGUACUAUGCAAACAUAUGGUACAGUGCCUAUCUUCCGCUCCUCUCAUCAAGCACAUUCGACAAUACAGCAAGCUCAUAUAAUGUGUCACGCGUGGUCGACGCCAAUUUGAAUUUCGUUGAGAGUAACUACAAGGAGUACUCUCCGAUGUAUAUUUCCAUGGCAUACUCCCUCACGUACGGGCUAUCAUUCGCUGCAGUCACUGCGAUAGUGCUACAUACAUACCUCUACAACGGCUCUGAAAUCUGGGCUCGCUUCAAGGAUUCGAGACACGGUGGUGAAGACAUCCAUCGACGACUGAUGAGAGCCUAUAAGGAAGUUCCAGACUGGUGGUAUGGUGUUCUUACCGUGAUAGUAUUGGGCCUGGGUAUUUUGACAAUCAAAAAUUGGGACACCGAGCUGCCGGUCUGGGGAUUCAUAGUGGUAUGCUUUGGCAUGGCAGUUCUUCUGAUCCUGCCUGAAGGCAUCCUUCAGGGAACCACGAAUCAGCGUGUCUUCCUUAACAUCAUAACGGAGUUGAUCGCUGGUUACGCAUGGCCCGGAAAAGCGAUCGCUAAUAUGAUGGUGAAGUGUUACGGCUACAACUCAGUCAAGCAUGGCAUGGACUUUGCACAGGACUUGAAACUUGGACAAUAUAUGAAAAUCCCUCCUCGUGUUCUGUUCUUUGGUCAGAUCUACGCUAGUAUUCUAGCGACCGCAACCCAGACUGGAGUGCUGCGAUGGAUGCUUGGACAUAUCACAGACUUGUGUGAAUCAAGCAACACCCAGCGCUUCACUUGUAACGGAGCCAAAGUAAUGUAUAAUGCCUCCUUGAUUUGGGGGACCAUUGGCCCGCAGCGAAUGUUCCAGUCUGGCCAGGUGUACAACGGCCUUGUCUAUUUCUUCCUGAUCGGACCCGUUGUCACUGGAAUUGUCUAUCUUAUUUAUCGUCGCUAUCCCAACAGCUGGGUCCGCUACAUCAAUGUUCCCAUUUUUUUCAACGCAGCUGGCAAUAUCCCUCCUGCAAAUACUACUCAAUAUUCGCUCUGGUUCAUAGUCGGCUUUAUUUUCAACUACCUUAUCCGAAAGCGUGCAUUUGACUGGUGGAAGCGUUACAACUAUUUACUGCAAGCCGCCAUGGACACCGGUACAGCAAUCGCGACUAUCAUUAUCUUUUUCGCGCUGAGUUACCAUUCCAUUACGUUUAGUUGGUGGGGAAAUAACGUGGGAUCGAACACGGAUGAUGCAAACUCCGUCCCCUGGCUGACUGUUCCAGAGGGUGGCUACUUUGGAAAGGGACCAGGCCAAUUCUGA